GUGAAGGUACGAUAAUUCUGUGUUUGUAUAUGAUUGAAUAUGUGCAGUAUGAUUUAAUGUACAGUAUAAUACACAGCGAAAACCUUUACAGUGAGAGAUUUAGAGAUGGUGGGUAAAAGGGUGGCGAGAGAGACGCUAUUGCCUUCGGUGCAAGAGGAUGACGGGGAUGAAGGUCAAGAGGAGGAGAUGUUAGGAGGGAUCAAGAGCAGGCCAACCAGCCGGCCUCGCAACAUCUAUAGCCGAGGCAGCGUGGACAGCCAGGCAGUCGUUCGAGCAAGUGGCUGCAGCCAGAGAGAGCCAAGAAGCGCCAGGGAGAAAUCCAAAAAUGAUGAUGGUGCUGAUGAAAAUGACAAGCAGGAGGUGGAGGAAGAGGAGGAGGAAGGCGAUCGGAGCAGUGAAGCGGUUGAUGGACAGAAGGGAGCUGGAGGGUGUUUCACCGUGGAUGAAGACUAUGACACGGAGCUGGAGCCUGAAGACGAGCCCAGGAGAUACGACCCGACUGGCGAGACACGUUACCGAGAGGUCUGUAAGAUGUUCAACCUGGUUCCGGUGUCCUACUUUCUCAGGAACAUCCACAGCACAGAACUGAGCAUGAUGCACCACGGACUCGGCCCCCAGGGUAGCAAAGCCUUGGCGGUUCCCUUGGUAACCAACACCUCCAUACUGAAGCUGAAUCUGCGAGAUAAUGGAAUGGAGCGAGAAGGUGGAGCCGCCAUCAGUGACAUGCUGAAGGAGAACCUUUACAUCACAGAAAUUGAUCUUUCAGAGAACAGGCUUGGUGAGUAUGGGAUAAAGGCUCUGGCCAGCAUGCUGCUAGAGAACACCUCCCUCAUCUCCCUUAACCUUUCCGGGAACCAUCUGGACGAGCAGGCGGCUAAACACCUGGCUCCGGCACUGACCAAAAACCAGCACCUGCAGCAUCUGGACCUGAGCCACAACCGUCUUGGAGAAGCAGCAGGGGAAAUUCUGGGUCCUGCUAUAGCUGAAAACACGGGAUUGAAGUCGCUCAGCCUGGCCUGGAACUGCGUUCGAGGAAAAGGAGCCGUGGCUUUAGCUAAAGGCCUUGGGGCCAACAUAUUCCUACACACCCUGGACUUAUCUUACAACGGACUGGGCAAAGAAGGAGCGAUGGCUCUUGGUGAGGGGCUUAAAGAGAACAACACGCUGGAGGAACUGAAUAUCAGCAUCAAUCGCAUCCCUCCUGAAGGAGCAAUCUACUUGGCCAUGGGUCUCAAAGCCAACAACAACCUUCGGAUUCUUAAAAUGGCUCGGAAUCCUGUUCGGUCAGCCGGAUGCCUUGCAGUGCUUAAAGCUAUAGAAGGAAACCUUUCAUCUUCAAUGGAGUAUCUGGACUUUUCUGACAUCAGUGUGAACCAAGAGUUUGAAGACUUAUUUAACUCAAUCAAAGAAACACAUCCGAACUUCAAGGUGAAACACGGAGGCAAGAUAAGACCUUCCCAACAUCUUAAGAGCUGACCUCUAUAACCUCCGAGCAGUCAAUUUCAAUCAUUGUGUUUAUCUGUGUCUCAGGAUUGUUGUAAGAAAUGAAUGCAUACCCAAAAGUGAGCACAGCAUGUGCUGUGUGUAAUACGGACAGCUGUAAUACACAGCUAUGUUCCCAGGCACGGCUGAGCUCUCACAUGCUUAUGACCUUUAUACUGUAACCUCAGGUAGUCUUCCAGUACAGGCACAGUUUCAGGUUUUAACCUCUUCUUCUGGGCUGGGUGGCAAUAAA